AUGUGGAGUGUCGCGGUUGUGGCAUUGCUUAUGCUAUCUGCAAUUAUGGGCUACGAUGCCAAUGGAACAUUCCCGCCGUUUGAGGCUGUUAUGGUCGAAUUUACGCAGAAGCAGAUGCUUCCUAUCGGUGGCGUGCUAGUCGCCCUUUCUAUGCUCCCUCUACCGAAGGAGAUGAUCAUGGGAAACAGCGGCAUCCUCGUGUUUGCUCCAUUGUCCUUCUUUAUGUGGCUUUUCGCUAAUGGACUCGUUGGCGCAAGCAACUAUAUACUAAAAGUCGUUGCUGGGUUCUUCGAGCAGGUCCAGAGACUGAUAGGUGUCACUGGCAAGGAACAGGAACGUUCGACAUCGAAGCGAUGGAUAGCUUCCAUCCUUUUUGUCUCUCUCCUUGUGGCAACGAUCAUUCCGUUCCAGAUUGCGUUUAUGAUCGUCUUUAUAAUUCAAUUCUCAAUAUGUUGCUCCGCACCCCCCAAAAUUGCGGCUGAAUCAAGUCCAAAAGCGGAAGAUUCGGCAACCUCUUCACCCACUCCAGAAGGCCUUCGAAAACAGGAAAUACGACGUGCUCAGAAUUUUCACCUCCUUGUGCUUCUCAUAUGGCUGGCCCUACCCUUUGCUGCACCAAUCCUUGUCGUGUGGGUUCGAACGUUGCAAACUGCCGGGUAUACUGUACCGUUUGAUGGCGACCACUCUGUUAUUGUGGUUCUACCUUGGCUACUGUUGGGAGAAGUGACUGCUUCUGGCCGCUGCCUAGAGCGGGAGAGCUUAAAUUGGAGGAAAAGGGUGACAUAUGCGUCAUUCUUACUGCUGGCACUCACUGCACUACUCUUCGGAGCCAGAUUUCCUUACAUGGUGUUCGAGAUGGCGACCGUCGUCGUUGCUUGGCUCGUCGCCACCCGAGUGCGAUGGAGAUAA